GCACGCGCAGAGACCGCGAAGGCACACAAUUACUCUCACACCGCGUCCGCUCUCUUUCUGUUCACUUCCUCGUGAAGGCUUGCCUCGAAUUCGAAACCCAAGCUUGAAGACGAGCGGCGGCAUCGCGAUUCGCAAAGAUGGCGGCGCCAAACAAGCAGGGCAAGAUGCAAGGCUUCAUCAACUACCGCAUGCGAGCCACCAUGGCAGACGGCCGACAACUCGUGGGCCAAAUGCUAGCAUUCGAUAAGCACAUGAACCUCGUCCUCGCCGACUGCGAAGAAUUCCGCAAAGUCAAGCGCAAGUCCAAACCCGCCGGUGCACCGGGCGCAGGCGGCGCAUCGCAAGUGGUCGAAACAGAAGAGAAGCGCAUGCUAGGCCUCGCCAUCAUCCGCGGCGCCACCGUCGUGUCGUGUUCAGUGGAGGGCCCACCACCAUCCGAUCCAGCGGCGAGAUUAGGCACGAGCGCAGCUGGCGGAGCAGCGCCGACAGCUGUUCAAGCCGGGCCGGGGAUCUCAAGACCGGCUGGUCGAGGAGCGGGUAUUGGGUUGCAAGGCCCUGCAGCGGGUGUGGGAGGCCCUGGCUUUCCUGGUGUUCCUCCGCCCGGCUUCCCUGGUAGAGGAGCCGGACCGCCUGGAUUUCCCCCAGCUGGGUUCCCGCCUGGCGGUGCGCCACCUGGCUUCCCUCCUCAAGGCUUCCCACCAGCUGGUCGAGGCUUCCUCGGAGGGCCACCUCCAGGCUUCCAAGGCAGAUGAAACGGUGGAAUCAUAGAUGCACUACAAAGUUCAAUCGCCACGUCACGCGAUUCGGUCAGGGGAAUGAAGGAAGCGAAUAGGACAGAGACAAGAGGAAUGUGGCGAGGUCCAGCCAAUGCUACCAAAAGCGAGGUGUUUCGACAGUGCAUAAGCGCCGGCGUUGGGGGAGAUACGAGCUUGCAAUGGAAAUCAAAGUCACAGAGAAAGUCACAGAGAAGAAUCAAUAACGCACGCUCGCGCGGUGCAAGCCAGU